AUGCAACUAUGCAACUACGAAGUAUGCAACUAUGGGUCCCCACUCUCCUCCGAUGCCUCUCCCAUCACCGUUGCCAUUUUCUGGUCUGAAGACCUCCGCCGCUGGAGGAGGCAGUGGUCACCGGCUCUUCUUCCUGCAGCAGAGGAGGACCAGACUGCCAGUCUUGACGAGACCCGACAUCAGACCAAGCAAGCAUUACCCAGCGCUUCCAGUCAGUCAGACUUCAGUCAGACUGGUGGUGGAGAAGCAAUUUGAGUUGUCUGCAACCCCGCAAAGUGAUCUUCAAGGCAAAUGCAAAUGCAUUGCUGUCUGCCACUGCCACUGCCACUGCCACUGCCUAUUGCCGCGGAGCCCAGACGUACUACUGUACCUACCAUACACGCUCUUUGGCGAUGCAGUGGACCUCAGGGAGAGUCAGCAGUAGCAGCGGCGUCAAACCCAAAGUUCGAGGAGGACAGUCAUGGCCAUCACACCGCGGCUGCAGCAGUAGUUCCAGCAUUAGGGGCGUUCGCGCCCUUCCUCUCUCCCUCCCUCGUAGCCCACGCUGUGGUUGCUCUCAAGGAAGUCCCCGGAGCCCCCAAUACUACGAAGGAGACGCUUCCGCUAUUUCUAUUCGAUGUCAGAGGUCCCAGAUGUUUUGUUCCUCCUGCUCUGGCUGCUCUUCUUGCGGUGCUCUGA